AUGGUGGGUCAACUCUCUAAAAAAGAGGCCCGUUCUCGAGUGCCCAUACUCAACAGGGGAACUGUAAAAGACAGCUCAGGAUUUCCAUGGCCCAUUCGGCGGCCACAUGUCAAUCGUAUCCUUCUUCUGACCCCCCCCGAAUGGUACUGCCGGAAAACCGCCUCUCGGGGUCCAUACCUCGCCUAUGCAGGUGGAGACCAGGCGACUAAAUCCGCGCUAAAGGGUUCCAUUGAUGUUUCUCUGCAGGCUGCUUGGUCGUUUCCAUUGGCGGACCGUAUGGCGUGCGUCUUCACGGCAGCCCAAGCCUCCCAGAAACCUGGUUCAGUACCUGGGGAUCGCUGCCUUAUGGGUGCGCUAUUGAGCAGACUAUUCAAGCAUUGUGGGGACGUUUGGGAAGCCACUGAUCGACAUUUGGACUGA